CGGAGCCCUCCGCGCCGCAGCCUCCCCGGGGCCUGGGAGCGAGACCAAGGGCCAUGGCCGAGGCGGCGCCUGCUCCGAACCACAGGAUAUCAGAGUUGGAAGGGACCUCUGAAGUCAUCUAGUCCGGGUCAGAUUAGAUCACAGGCUACUAGGACUGGUUCAGGAACUAGACAUGGAGACACGGCGACCAUCACCUUUGGCAUUCUCCAGUGUUCCUCAGCGAGAAACUCUUCCUCACUCACCUGCUGGACCCCUACAAGAAACUCCAUCCCAAUACUCUUCUCUUUCCCCUAAAGAAACUCCAUCACGGUUCCCUGCCGUUCCCCAGAAAGAAGCCCUACCCCAAAUCAUUCCUGAGAAAGUGACUCCUGGCCGACUCCACCCUGUUUCCCAAAGGGAAAUUUCACUCCCAACUCUUGCGUCUCCUGAGCAAGAGAUCACUUUCCAACAUCCUCCUGUUCUCCAGCCCGAAACUCAGUGUCCACCCCUAGCUGCUUCUGAACAAGAAAUCUUAUUUCGGUCACAUCCUGUUCAUUAUCAAGAAAUCCCACUCCAUUCCCCUGAAAUUCCCGAGAAAGAAACCCUGCUCCUUUCCCCUACUGUUCCUGAAGCCGAGAUGGAGACCCUGCUGCAAAGCCCAGUUUCCCAAAAGGACACACCCUUUCAGACCUCUGCUGCCUCUCAGAAGGAAACUCCACUUCAGACUGCUGAAAUAUCCCGCUUGGCAAUAUGGGCUGCCAUCCAAGCAGUGGAGAGGAAAGUGGAAGCCCAGGCCAUGAGGUUACUCACCCUGGAGGGGCGGACGGGGACAGCUGAGAAAAAGCUGACUGACUGUGAAAAGACAGCUGUGGAAUUUGCAAACCACCUAGAGAGCAAAUGGGUUGUGUUGGGGACUUUGCUCCAGGAGUAUGGCUUAUUGCAGAGAAGGUUAGAGAAUAUGGAAAACUUGCUGAAAAAUAGGAAUUUCUGGAUUCUUCGACUCCCCCCAGGCAGCAAUGGAGAAGUUCCCAAGGUACCGGUCACAUUUGAUGAUGUUGCAGUCCAUUUCUCAGAACAGGAGUGGGGGAACCUGUCUGAGUGGCAAAAGGAACUUUACAAGAAUGUGAUGAGGGGCAACUAUGAAUCUCUUGUCUCAAUGGACUAUGCAAUUUCCAAACCAGACCUUAUGUCCCAGAUGGAAAGAGGAGAGAGGCCGACCAUGCAGGAACAGGAAGAUUCUGAGGAAGGAGAAACACCAACUGACCCCACUGCUGCACAUGAUGGAAUUGUGAUAAAAAUUGAAGUACAGACCAAUGAUGAAGGCUCAGAAAGCCUGGAAACACCAGAACCACUGGCAGGACAAGUAGAAGAACAUGGCUUUCAGGAGUCAGAGCUGGGGGAAGCCUGUGGGGAACAGCCUGAGUCAGAGACACAGCAGGAGGCUAGGCUUGGGGAAUCCCCUGACGACACCAGGGAUUUCAGUGAAAUGAAGCAGAUGCUGGUGCAGCAGAGAAACUGUGCAGCCGAGGGAAUCGUGAUAAAAACCGAGGAGCAGGACGAGGAGGACGAGGACGACGACGACGACGAGGAGGAAGAGGAGGAGGAGGCGCAGCACCUGCAGGCGCUCGGGCCGCUGUCCGACAGAUACGACGGCGGGCUCUUCCCGGCCCAGCUUCCCGUGACCGUACCUUCGGAGGGCCCCGAGGGCCGCUCGCACCCGCACCCGCACCCACACCCGCACCCGCACCUGCACCUGGGAGGCCGCGCCGCCGUGAAGCGCCUGGCGCCGCCCUCCCUGAGCGAGCCUCGGGCCGCGGCCGCCGCGGCAGCGGCCAACCAGCAGCGGAACCGGCGGGGCGAGCGGCCCUUCACGUGCAUGGAGUGCGGCAAGAGCUUCCGCCUCAAGAUCAACCUCAUCAUCCACCAGCGCAACCACAUCAAGGAGGGCUCGUACGAGUGCGCCGAGUGCGACAUCAGCUUCCGCCACAAGCAGCAGCUCACGCUGCACCAGCGCAUCCACCGGGUGCGCGGCGGCUACGCCUCCCCAGACCGCGGGCCCACCUACAACCCCAAGCACGCCCUCAAGCCCCGGCCCAAGUCUCCUGGCCUCGGGGGCGGGGGCGGCGGCGGGGCCAAGCCCUACCAGUGCUCCGAGUGCGACAGCAGCUUCAGCCACAAGUCCAGCCUGACCAAGCAUCAGAUCACGCACACUGGGGAGCGCCCAUACACCUGCCCAGAGUGCAAGAAGAGCUUCCGGCUGCAGAUCAGCCUGGUGAUCCACCAGCGGGUGCACGCGGGCAAGCACGAGGUCUCCUUUAUCUGCAGCCUGUGCGGCAAGAGCUUCAGCCGCCCCUCGCACCUGCUGCGGCACCAGAGGACUCACACGGGCGAGCGGCCCUUCAAGUGCCCCGAGUGCGAGAAGAGCUUCAGCGAGAAGUCCAAGCUCACCAACCACUGCCGCGUGCACUCGAGGGAGCGGCCCCAUGCCUGCCCCGAGUGCGGCAAGAGCUUCAUCCGCAAGCACCACCUCCUGGAGCACCGGCGCAUCCACACUGGGGAGCGGCCCUACCACUGCACCGAGUGUGGCAAGCGCUUUACUCAGAAACACCACCUGUUGGAGCACCAGCGGGCACACACUGGCGAGCGGCCCUACCCCUGUACCCACUGUGCCAAGUGCUUCCGCUACAAACAGUCGCUCAAGUACCAUCUUAGAACUCACACCGGAGAGUGAGCCAGGCUUCCCCCUUGUUCCUGGGCCCAGCUUCUCAUAGGGUGGCACUCAGGGGCAGGGCAAACAAGGCACGAUCCCGCUUCUGUACCCAUCCAGCCUCCUUGCCACCCUAGAGGAGAGCAAACCCCGGAGAUUGAGGACAGGGGGGCCGAGGGGAAGUAUACUCCUUCACUGUAACCUCCCAACCCACCCUCUUCCCCCAGGAAAAUAGGGGGUAGUGAGACCAGGUUGCACUCUGCCAUCCUUCCCUCAUCCUUUGCCCCAAGGGGGAGAGUGAGGGCCUGGGGAACCCCCUUGGGUUGUUAAUUUCCUUGACAAUAAAAUGGAUGAAACCAAUCAGCACGGGGGGAGUGAUUUGGCUGCCGGCCUCUGGGGGUCACCUGGGGGUGGUGCAGGUUGAUUUAGUUGGGGAUAGAACUUUAUAAUUACCUUUUGGAUACUGUGGUUCUAUUUGAUAAUAAUAGAGUAAUUUUUAAAAGAC